ACCACAUUGCAUCAAGUCAGCACUUUUUGUUGUUAUAAAUAGUAAUUUCGACCGGAUUUCGUGAUGUCCUGGAUUUUAUAAUUGAAAAAUGAGUGGGGCAAAGCACCAGCGUUUGCGCUACUACACCUCCUUGGAGGAGGCCAUGCUGGUACGCGUGUGGCGCGCGCACAUGCACGAUAUUGCCUCCUACACGGACAACUUACCGAUUUUCCGGGAAAUCGCCGAUGGACUGCAGAAACAUGGAAUUCGGCUGAACAAGCAGGAGGUUCGCCGGCGCAUCAACAGCUACCGCAAUAAGUAUUUAAACGAACGCAGCCGCGUGGAGAGCAAUCCAGAGUACAAGUCCGAGUGGCGCCUCUAUUCUUUGGUGCACUCGCUCUUCCAGCCCACUUACCCUUCAGCGGACAUCAAUGAAGCGCACAAAGUGCUGGAGGCGGCCGCUACGAGGGCUCGGACAGAACUGCCCGCCCUGCCGCCCAUGAUAGUGUCCACCACCAUCCAGCCACAGUUCAAGCGCGAUCCGGAUGGAUGCGCAUUUCUGGAUGUCAUGCCCGGCAUUCCGCCAACCGUGGUAAAGACAGAAACUUACAACGGGCCUUACAGCAUGGUCAAGACUGAGACCAAGCCCACAGAAGCCGAGCUGUCGAACGCGGCGACCCUUUAUGCGCUUCCAAGGACCUCGGAGGAUAUAUUACGACGGGCACCACUGGCACCCGCCAAUUACCAGCUGCCAGAUCUGCCGCUGACGGCCAAAGUCAACGGCCUGCCGGACGCUGAUAGGUUAUUGAAGAGGAAACGCGGACGGCGCAGUAUAUUGCCACGCAAUGGACAAAUCACAAUGGCCCAAGUGGAGCAGCUACGCAAGGAGAACCAAAUGCUGCAGGAGCAAAACGAUGCUUAUCUCCUAGAGCUCGAGCAGAAAGAGAAGCAGUUCGUCGCGCUGGAGGAGGCUUUCCAGGCCUAUAAGAAACACCAGGAGAGCAUGUUGGCGCAGAUAAUGCAUCUUGGUGUAAAGAAUGAGCCCUAUCCUGAUCACUAGCGCCUGUUUAGCCUGUAAGUUAGCUUUAAGGGACUAAUGCCAACGGAGGCACUUCCUCCUUUGUUCCUUUCUUAAACAAAAGUCUAGUUUAGUCAAUGUACAAAGCAGCCUAGCAAACCGAAGAUAUUUUUUCCACCAUAUUUCUAAGUGAGAAUUGAGAGUGAAUUGGAUUGAUGAAAUGUUAAAGGGCAGCUAACAUAGCAGAGUCACAAGUCUUUAAAUGAUAAGGAAUGUAAAAAAUAGAUUUAUAUAAGCAUAACUACACAUAAGAGCAAAAUGGAAUCAGUUCUGCAUGUUGUGGAGAACGGAACUGAAAGAGAAUAAAAUGUAAAUUUAGUUUGUUAA